UCGAUCUAAAUUACUCUUAAAACUCGUUUCAUCUAUUUGCUACUGCAUGAAUGUUUUCUAACCAAGAGCUGCUAGGUUGAUCUUCUAUUGAUGGCAGAAUGUCCACCCAAGAAGGAGCAUGUUCAUGCUGUCAACACCGGACUGUGCCCAGCGCACACCAAACUUUAGACGAGAUGGACUUUGAAAGAGGCAUUUGGUCUGCGGCUUUAGAUGGAGAUUUGGUACGUGUCAAGUCUUUGCUCCAGAAAGGAACCCAUCCUGACGCCAGAGACAACGCUGGCUACACUGCUUUGCACUACGCCAGUCGAGGAGGGCACUUGGCGGUGUGCGAGCUGCUUCUGAGUCACGGCGCCUGUGCCAAUCCGCAGACACGUGGCGGUGCCACGCCGCUCCACCGGGCAGCCUACUGCGGGCACCAGGCCGUCGUCCAGCUGCUGCUCAAGUCCCGUGCCAACCCACAGACCUGCGACGACGACGGGGCCACCGCUUUGCACAAGGCAGCUGCAGGGUGCCAUGGGGAGGUAUGUGAGCUGCUCCUCCAGCACUGCCCUGCGCUGCAGACCCAGAGGGACGCGAGGUCACGAGCCCCCCAGCACCUGGUCCCCACAGACAGCCCCCUGCUGCAGCUUCUCCACAACCCACUCAACGAUGACACCCACGAUGACACCCACGAGACAUAGUGACACUCUCCCUCCUUUUCUCUCGCUCUCGCUCACUCUCUCGCGCGCGCGCGCGCUCUCUCUCUCUCUCUCUCUCUCUCUCUCUCUCUCUCUCUCUCUCUCUCUCUCUCUCUCUCUCUCUCUCUCUCUCUCUCUCUCUCUCUCAUUCUCUCUCUCUCUCCUCCUCUACUCUCCUCCAGCCACCAAGUCCGGAUUUGAGUACUACAGACCUGUUCACAAUAUAACUCAGGAGUCACAGUGACACUCUCCCUUCCUCUCUCCCUCUGUCUCAUAUCAUCCCUCU